ACCAGCAGCACUUCUGUCACCAGCACGACCGGGACCAGCAGCACAACAGUGACCAGCACGACGGCAUCCAGCAGCAGCACGCGCAGCAGCACCAGCGCAACCAGCAGCACCACCAUCUCGAGCACAACUGGAUCCAGCAGCACAACGCGCAGCAGCACGACUGGAUCAAGCAGCACCACGGCGACCAGCACGACGGCAUCCAGCAGCACCUCGCGCAGCAGCACAAGCGCAACCAGUAGCACCACCAUCUCGAGUACGACUGGAUCUAGCAGCACAACGCGCACCAGCAUCAGCGCAACCAGCAGCACUUCUGUCACCAGUACGACCGGGACCAGCAGCACAACGGUGACCAGCACGACGCACAACGCGCAGCAGCACGACUGGAUCAAGCAGCACCACGGCGACCAGCACGACGGCAUCCAGCAGCACCUCGCGCAGCAGCACAAGCGCAACCAGUAGCACCACCAUCUCGAGUACAACUGGAUCCAGCAGCACAACGCGCACCAGCACCAGCGCAACCAGCAGCACUUCUGUCACCAGCACGACCGGGACCAGCAGCACCACGGUGACCAGCACGACGGCAUCCAGCAGCACCACGCGCAGCAGCACCAGCGCAACCAGCAGCACCACCAUCUCGAGCACAACUGGAUCCAGCAGCACAACGCGCAGCAGCACGACUGGAUCAAGCAGCACCACGGCGACCAGCACGACGGCAUCCAGCAGCACCUCGCGCAGCAGCACAAGCGCAACCAGUAGCACCACCAUCUCGAGUACGACUGGAUCCAGCAGCACAACGCGCACCAGCACCAGCGCAACCAGCAGCACUUCUGUCACCAGUACGACCGGGACCAGCAGCACAACAGUGACCAGCACGACGGCAUCCAGCAGCACCACGCGCAGCAGCACGAGCGCAACCAGCAGCACCACUGUGAUCAGCACGACGGACACCAGCAGCACCACGCGCAGCAGCACCAGCGCAACCAGCAGCACAACCAUCUCGAGCACAACUGGAUCCAGCAGCACAACGCGCAGCAGCACGACUGGAACAAGCAGCACCACGGCGACUAGUACGACGGGAACCAGCAGUACCACUCGCAGCAGCACCAGCGCGUCUAGCAGCACCACCGUGACCAGCACGACUGGAACCAGCAGCACCACGGUGACACGCUUGACUGGAACAAGCACUACAGUUCGCAGCAGUACUAGCGCAACCAGUAGCAUCACCGUCACCAGCAGCACCACUCGUAGCAGCACUAUUGUGUCCAGCACGUUUACCAGCGUCAGCACUAGCCAGACCACCAACUCCGCAACCAGCACCAGUGGCACCUCGAGCAGCACCAGUGCAACAAGCACCAGUGUAACCAGCACCUCUGGAACCAGCACCAGUGCAACCAGCACCAGUACUACCCAGUCUACUACCACUACCCCGCUUUACGUCGUAUCCGGUGCCAUGACGUUUGGAAGUACAGGCACGGUGGACAAUGUGACAUCUGCGAUAAAGUCUGUCUUGGUAAACUUAUAUAGUGCAGAUGAAGACCAACUUGUGGUAACUGUGGCCCCUUCCACAAGCCGGUCAGUCUCCAGUUUGUGGGAUGUCGAAUUUGAAGUCGUCGCGCCUGAAAGCCCUGCCCAAGAAUAUUUCGACAAAACACAACAGAUUGCCAACGAUACGUGCAACUUCACUUCAACUGUGCAAGCAGGCUUCCAAGCGAUUGGCCUAGCACUUGACGAAGAAUGCAUCUCCAUCGCCGAACCAGAAAUUAAGAUUAUUACUGCUACCAUGACAACCGUGAGCAUAACAGCGACCAGCACAACGGAGACCAGUAUCACUACUACGUCCACUGGCACUUCGAUCAGCAUGUCCAGCACCAGCACCCUGACCAGCAUUACCAGCGUCACCAUGUCGAGCACCAGUACCCUGACCAGCACCAGUACCCUGACUAGCACCACUACCGGACGCACCACGACUUUCGCCACACACACGACGGGAACCAGCAGCACGACUCGCAGCAGCGCCACCACAACCAGCAGCACAACGGGAACCAGCAGCACCACGCGCAGCAGCAUCAGCGCGACCAGCAGCACCACCCUUUCUUCGAGCAUUGUAAGUUCUACCGCAACCUCUGAGACUUCCAGCUCCUCAACAACCGCCCACAGCACUUCAGUAACCAGCAUGACGGGAACCAGAAGCACCAGCAGUGCCACAUCGACUGCGACCAGCAGCACCACGGGUAGCAGCACCAGCGUGACUCUGAGGCGAUUCUCCCACGUCACGGUCGGUGUCGGGUUCGUGUUUCCCUCUUCCUUUACUCGGACAGAUGUGGCGACCAUUGCGCAGGUUGCUCUGUCGGAUGAAUUGGGGGUCGCCCAGUCGCUGGUCACCAUCGACGACAUUUCCUCGGGGCGCCGAUUGACGCAGCGGAGGGAUCGUCGUGCGACGUCGACGUCGUACCAUGUCGAUUGCCGUGUCGAAGUGCCAGGAACUGACACGGGUGCUAUUGAAGCCGCCUUGAAAAGUUUGGUGAACGACACCACCAGCUUCGUGUUGUCGGUCCAGGACGCAAUGCAGGACGCAGGCGUCGAUGGGACAUUUCAGGUCGAAUAUGUAGGGGCACCCGUCGUGGAACUUUGGAUGGAUACUACAGCAACCUUUACGUCAACGUCAGCGACAAGCACUGCGUCAGACUCGAGUACGUCAACGAUCAGCACUGCGACGGAGUCAAGCAGUAUGUCGUCAAGCACUACGGAGACAAUAACCACUGUGCAGAAGGUGUGCAACGCGGAUUCGGUGCCGUACAUGGUGGACGUGGCCGACAGUUCCUCCUGUGUCGGCAUCCCCAGCGGCACGAGUUGUUCCCCAGUCUGCAUCUCGGGGUACGAACUCAUCGCCCCGAUAAAUUGCACGGACCCCAGUGGCCCCAGUGAUACGUUCGGCGAAUUCGCAUUCAACCCUUUGGUCUGCGCGGCUGCUGCGGACGUUGAGUUGCUCGGUUCGGCAGAGGUCUUGCUCGUAGAGACGGCCCUCCUCGAAAGCACAAUCGGUUCGGGUCUCAGUGCCGACUGGGCCACGGGGGGCGGAGAACGGGCUGCGAUCAUCAGCGCGUUUAGCACGGUCUUCGGCUUAAAUGCGAGACAGGUCUACAUUGUCACGAUUAAGGACCUCAAUUCCGACUCGGAGUCUGGCAUUCCAUCUAGGCGCCUGACGACCCAGCAGGGGUUGUGGAUGAAGAUCAUGAUUCAGUUGUACGACGCGAAUGACGCGACGGGCCUCACGGCCAUGCUUCAGCUGUACGGUGGGAGCAGCUUCACUGAUGAGCUCACCAGUGCCCUGGGAGCCGCGGGCAUCAGCAUCCCGCCGGGUCUCGCCAGCGCCGCGCUCCAUGUGGGGACGCCAGAGCUCUCUACCGCCACCGUUCCCGUAGCGCGCUGGGUGGCUCAGACGCCGUGGUCGUCGUGCAGCGCGGAUUGCGGCGAGGGGCAGCGGACACGCGCAGUAGAGUGUUUGACUGGGAUCACUGACCUGUGCAACGCGAAUGCCCCGCCGUACUACACCGUGGAGACGUACAUGCCCCAGACUGAGGCUUGCGAGCAGUACACUUCGUGCCCCUACGACCCCUUCUGCCCCAGUGGCCGUAAUGAGGAGACGGGCGAGGGCUGCGAGGCUCAAGCCUCCAUCGUGGUAGCCUCGAUUGUUGUUUCGUUCCUUAUCGUGGCGUGUGUAGUGCUCCGGUUUGUUCGGAGAAGGCUCGCGAAGCGCGCCCCAACGACUGAGGAACACAGCAGGACAGGCACCGAGCGACGAUGGGACGAAGAAGAAGGCUUCACGCGAGGUCCCGACGACGGGGACAUCAACAUCGAAUGGACGAGGGAGGAUGGCUUCGCCGUCACCAAAGCUCGCCGUGGCCCUCGUCACAGCCCCCGUGAGAGUUUUCAGGGCAUUAACUGGGCGAGGGAGGACAGAACCACCGACGACCGCGCCCGCGACAUCCGCAGCCCGAGCCGCGAGUCCGCCCCCGCCAAUCUGCAGCGCAGCCCGCGUGACCUCCGCAGCCCGAGCCGCGAGGCCCCCCUCGCCACCCUACAGCGGAGCCCGCGUGACCUCCGCAGCCCGAGCCGCGAGUCCGCCUCCUCCACGCCGCAGCGCAGCCCGCGUGACCUCCGCAGCCCGAGCCGCGAGCCCCCCGACGUCCGCCGCCCGCGGCUGGAUGCCGACAUUGCAUUGUGAGUGGCAGCCUCGGUCACCAAGAGACAGUUUUUUGUGGGUUCUCGAUUCUUCCAGCUUCCAGCGCUCGACGACGUCGCAAGAGGUAGCGAUACCGAUCGGUAGAUAGUGAGGCGUAUCGGGUGUCCGGGGGUGAGACCGAAGUGAAGAGGAGCUCCCGCAGCCAGGGACUAGACUUCGGUGUCGGUCCGCGUCGCGCGUGACACACGUGCGAGAGAGGUGAGGCGGAUCUGCGCGAGUUCCUGCUACAGUAGGGCCCGGUGAGUACUCAAAAGGCUCCAGUUUUGGUAGCCCACAUCGGGAAGGUAUGGUAUAAUGGUAUACGUCGUAUACGUUGAGGGCUUUGUUGUAGCCUUCGUACGUAGUCACUGGCGCGUCGCAGCCGCG